AUGUUGACAUUCCCUGUUUUACUUUCGCUUUUAGCAUCAAUCGAAGCUCUCCAAGUCACCGUCACCGUCCAGCCUAGCGUGAAGACGGUGUACGAGACGCUGACCACUACCUUACGUCAGGUGCUUUCCCAAGCUCCUCCUGAUGUCAGUCAAUCGCUUUCAGCCAACCCCACUGCCGCGGACUCGCUGCUGUCAGACACUGUGCCCACUGACUCAGCUCAACCUUCGUUAGAGGCAUCUCCUUCGUUACCUUUACUGGACGCUUCAUCAAUCAUUGAAGCCUUAACUUCAUCAUUAUCGUCUUCGUCUUCAGACGCAGGUGCUGCAAACGCCGUAUCGGGUACCUCGACCGAGAGUACCUCGGAGGCUCCUUCGAACCCUUCAUCAAGCGUUAUCGACUCGGCGCUCCCUUCUUCGCAAUCUUCAUUAAAUGUUGAUGAAAACUCGUCUACCAACAUUGAUACAAUCGUUCUGCCACUGAGCACUGACGACGCCGCUGCGCCAACAGCGAGCACUGCUGAAGUGGAAUCGCCUACAGUGCCGUCUCCAGAGUCUACCCAGGCACCUGAAGAAACCUCUUCUUCUAUCUUAACGGAACCGACAACUUCUCUGACUGUUGAACCUGUACCCACAACUAGUCUGACCGUUGAACCGGUUCCCGAACCUACCACUAGCCUGACUGCCGCUCCUCAGCCGACAACCACUCUGACUGCCGCUCCUCAGCCCACAACCACUCUGACUGUUGAACCCCAACCUACAACUAGUCUGACGGUUGCUCCUGAGCCUACGCCGACGACUUCUAGUCAAUCGCCUCAACCAACUCUCGGUGAGUUUGAACAACAAAUUUUGGACACUCACAACCAAAAGCGGGCUCUCCACGGGGUGGGCCUGCUUGUUUGGGAUGCGUCGUACGCUGAAUACGCUCUCAACUAUGCUAACUCCGUUGUCGAUUGCAACAACAUGCAAUUAAUCCACUCUAAAGGCCCCUACGGCGAAAACUUAGCCGCGGGUUACGUUGGCGGUGUUGAUCCCGUCGACGCUUGGUAUGACGAAAUCAAGUUGUACGACUUCAACAACCCUGGCUACACCAAGGGUACCGGACACUUCACGCAAGUGGUGUGGAAGCUGACCAAGAGACUUGGAUGCGCAAAGAUUAUGUGCAACAACGAAUGGCGCCAAUACACCAUUUGUGAAUACGGUGAUGGUACCGACAAUGUCAUCGGCACCGGUAACGUUGUCGGGAUUGAUCCUGCAACUGGCAAGUCAUACUUCGAGGAGAAUGUCCUUCCUCCUUUGUCUUCCUAA